UUACUGAUAAUUGAGAAAAACUGUUUGGCGUAUUGAAGAAGAAGGAGAGAGAGAGAGAGAGAUGGAGUCCUUCACAUCGUUCUUCGACUCGCAAUCGUCGUCGUCGUCGUCUCGCAAUCGGUGGAGUUACGAAUCAUUGAAGAACUUCCGGCAGAUCUCUCCCGUCGUUCAAACUCAUCUCAAAAAGGUCUACCUUUCAUUAUGCUGUGCUUUAGUAGCAUCAGCUGCUGGAGCUUACCUUCACAUUCUCUGGAACAUUGGUGGUCUCCUUACAACACUAGGAUGUGUGGGAAGCAUAGCGUGGUUGAUGUCAACUCCUCUAUAUGAAGAGCAAAAGAGGAUGGCACUUCUGAUGGCAGCUGCAUUAUUUAAAGGAGCAUCAAUUGGCCCUCUAAUUGAAUUGGCCAUUGACUUUGACCCAAGCAUUGUGAUAGGUGCUUUUGUUGGAUGUGCUAUGGCGUUUGGUUGCUUCUCAGCUGCUGCCAUGGUGGCAAGGCGCAGAGAGUACUUGUACCUUGGAGGCCUUCUUUCAUCUGGUCUCUCCAUCCUGUUCUGGUUGCACUUUGCUUCCUCCAUUUUUGGUGGUUCCAUGGCUCUUUUCAAGUUUGAGGUUUACUUUGGGCUCUUGGUGUUUGUGGGCUAUAUUGUUGUCGACACCCAGGAUAUAAUUGAGAUGGCACACUAUGGGGAUUUGGACUACAUAAAGCAUGCACUGACCCUCUUUGCAGAUUUUGUUGCUGUUUUUGUGCGCAUAUUAGUGAUAAUGUUGAAGAAUGCAUCUGAUAAGGAAGAGAAGAAGAAGAAGAAGAAGAAGAGAAACUAAAAUGGGUUCAAGCGGGUUACAAACUUUUUAACUCUAGAAUCUGGCAUUUUCUUGUUCAUGAUACUUCUGUUGACGUUCAACAAGUAUGUUGUUGAUAGUUUGUACCGCUUCAGGUUAGGCUAUGAGGCCGUAUAUUAUGCUGCAUUCUGGUGUAGUUCUGGCCAUUCAUAUAACAUACAUGUUUACAAUAUAUGGAGAACGUACCAGUUAACUUCU